GCCAUACAGGCGAUCUGAUGAGGAUGACGAUGGUGAGUGAGCUCUUGCUGUAGAGUCUGAUGGUUUGUUAAUGAUGGACGUCCCCAAUGGCCAGCCCAGCGUCUCCACCUUCACGACCCCGGCCUCAGAGAGGAGCAGCAGUUCUGAGUCCCUCAGUGAGAAGGGCCCCUCAGAGCUCAAGAGUUUUGAUGCUGUGGUGUUCGACGUGCUGAAGGUCACGCCGGAGGAAUAUGCAGGUCAGAUCACUCUCAUGGAUGCUCCAGUGUUCAAAGCCAUCCAACCUGAGGAGCUCUCUAGUUGUGGCUGGAACAAGAAGGAGAAACACAGUUCAGCACCCAACGCUGUGGCCUUCACACGACGCUUUAACCAGGUGAGUUUCUGGGUGGUGAGGGAGAUUCUUCAUGCUCAAACUCUGAAGAUCAGGGCAGAAGUGUUGAGCCUCUAUAUCAGAACAGCAAAGAAACUGUGUGACAUGAAUAAUCUCCAUGCAGUGAUGGCAGUAGUAUCUGCUUUACAGAGCGCCCCCAUCUUCAGGCUCACCAAGACCUGGGCUCUUUUGAGUCGAAAGGACAAGGCCACAUUUGAGAGGUUGGAGUAUCUCAUGUCUAAAGAAGACAACUAUAAACGCUUGAGAGAUUACAUCAGCAGCCAGAGCAUGACAUCCUGCAUCCCGUAUCUGGGUAUAUAUCUGUCUGAUCUGACCUACAUCGAUUCGGCGUAUCCCUCCACCGGCAGCAUUCUGGAAAACGAACAGCGUUCCAACCUGAUGAACAACAUUCUGAGAAUCAUCUCAGACCUGCAGAGAUCCGUUGAAUAUGAUAUCCCAGUAUUGCCGCAUGUCCAGAAGUAUCUCAACUCUGUUCGCUACAUUGAAGAGUUACAGAAGUUUGUGGAGGACGACAAUUAUAAGUUGUCCCUAAAGAUCGAGCCACCAGCUACCAGCACACCUCGCACCACUGCCUCUAGAGAGGACCUCACAGGUCCAGACACAUCUGCGUCACCGUUAUGUGGUCGUCGUGGUAAUGUUGCUGAAGGUGCCCUGCCUAAAGUCCCGCCGACGCCACCUUCACCCCGGAACCUCAUCACCUACGGACACAGGAAGUGCCACAGCCUCGGCUACAAACUGUAUUUUUCACAGUUCAAGUCUACCGCCAGCAAAAGUGUUUCUGUUUUGGGCUUAAUGGCCAUGAUGGCAGACGACCCGGAGCAUCCCGACAUCUUCCUGCUGACUGACUCUGAGCAUGGAAACUCGUAUAAGUUCCAGGCAGGGAACAGAAUGAAUGCUCUGCUGUGGUUCAAACACUUGAGUGCAGCUUGUCAAAGCAACAGGCAACAGGUCCCAGCGAAUCUAAUGUCUUUCGAAUGAGUGAGACCAGGGCGAAUCAAACACAUGGAGAGCUCAUGAGCGGCUGGAUGACAGGAGAGCAGAGGAAUAUGAAGAUCGCUGGGGAAGGAGGAGAGGACAGAGACGAAUAAAAGAGCAAAUGACUCGUGUUUUGUGUGCGUUGGAGCUUUUCCACUGCCAUCACCCAGCCUGAACCCCACAGCAAACUCCUCGAGCACCACUGCCUUAACAAGCAGAGUGUGUGUGUGUGUGUGUGUGUGUGUGUGUGUGUG